AUGGAAACAACUAAAACUGACAAGGAAGUUGAGAAAUCUGAUGCUGGAAGUUCGGGGAGUAUUCGUAAAGAAGAUAUGAUGGCUAGAGCUGAUGGGAUUAAUUUGAGAAAUUCCGAUACUGAGUUGGAGAUGCGCUUGACUGGGGCUUCUUCGUCUAGGGGAAGAGAGGUACUGUAUAUACCAACGGAAGAAUGGGAGAUUGAUUUGUCAAAAUUGUGUAUCAAGGAUGUUAUAGCUCAUGGAAGUUAUGGUAGUGUAUAUUCUAAAGGUGUUUAUGAUGGCCAAGAUGUUGCAGUGAAGGUUUUGGAUUGGGGCGCGGAUGGUAUUGCCACAACCGCUGUUCGUCGUGCUUCAUUUGAUCAAGAGGUUGCUAUCUGGCAUGAUCUUGACCAUCCUAAUGUUACAAAGUUUAUUGGUGCUUCAAUGGGAACUUCAAAUCUUGAAAUUCCGUCUAGAGAUUCUGGUGGUAGUGGCUCCCUCCCUGCAACAGCAUGUUGUUUUGUUGUGGAGUAUAUUCAUGAAACACUGAAGAAUUACUUGAUAAAAAACCGCCGCAAGAAACUUCCAUAUAAGAUUGUGAUAAAACUUGCAUUGGACCUGGCCAGAGGUUUGAGUUAUUUGCACUCAAAGCAUAUUGCCCACCGAAAUGUUAAGACUGAAAACCUGUUAUUGGAUGCUAACGGAACCUUAAAAAUUGCGGGUUUUGGUGUUGCUCGUGUGGAAGCUCAAAAUCCGAGCGAUAUGUCCGGUGCAACAGGUACCCUCGGGUACAUGGCCCCUGAGGUUCUUCGUGGCGAUCCUUACGAUAGAAAGUGCGACGUAUACAGCUUUGGCAUAUGCCUAUGGGAAAUCUACUGCUGUGAUAUGCCGUAUCCUGAUCUAAGCUUGGUCGAAGUAUCAUCUGCAGUUGUCCAAAAGCGUUUACCACCAGAAAUACCGAGAUGCUGUCCGAGUGCAUUAACAAACAUCAUGCAGAGAUGUUUGAAUGGGUACCCAGGAGAACGACCACAUAUGGAUGAGGUGGUUAGGCUGUUAGAGGCUCUUGAUACCAGUAAAGGAGGAGGCAUGAUACCAGAGGACCAAAAAUGUGGAUUCUUUUGUUUUGGUGUUGCCCGGGGUCCAUGA